UCGACUUUCAACAUUUUUGAAAAUCGAUAUUGUUGUCAUAACAAGCCUUGACCCGAGAUAUUUAGUGGAGAUCUCAAUAUUUUGAGGCCCUCUCUUCUAGCUCUGCCACAAACUGUUGCUAUCUUGAGGUCAAAGGGAAUCCCCUUUUUCUGUAAGAAAGGUGGGGGCAGGAGUUGAAAGAACCAGUCCAACAGAUCAGAGUAAACAAGAUGUGGCUGCAACCUCUUCUUCUUGUCCUAGCCGCAGCACAAUGGAUCAGUGGGGAAUAUCUGGGCUGUUUCGAAGACAAAGGUAAUCGUGUGAUGGCGGACUAUCGAAUGGAGCUCAGCGACAUCAACAACCCUCCCAAGUGCAUGAAGAUAUGCCAGCAGCUCUCAUACCCAUACGCUGCAGUCGAAUUUGGUAGUCACUGCUUCUGUAGCAAAGAAAAACCCAGUGAAUCCUUGAAGAAAAACGAGAACGACUGCCGAAGUAGAUGCCCGAACAGCAAUCAGAUGUGCGGAGGUACUUGGAGGCUGGCUGCUUAUUCUGUACAUCCAUAUGUCAUCCCAAUCGAAGAUGAGGGAACAUAUAUUGGAUGCUACCAAGACUCUGGGGAAAGACUUCUAAACGACUUCAGAAUCAAUUUCCAUGAAAUUAACAACCCGAAGAGAUGUAUACAUGUAUGUACUGCUCUCGGUUACCUAUAUGCAGGUACAGAAUUUGGAAAUGAAUGUUUCUGCGGCAACAAGAAACCUUCUGAUGACAACAAGAAAGGCGAAAACGAAUGCAGGACUUUUUGCCCACACAACCGACAAGAAUAUUGCGGUGCAACUUGGCGGAUUGCAGUUUACAGGACAUUAGUCGAUCCAAACACACAGACAAUUAUAACAGAUGAAAACUUAAGCCAAUCAGCCCUUGGCUGCUUUGAAGAUUCUGGAAAGAGACUGUUAUCAGAGUAUCGAAUAACUUUGAACGAUAUUAACAGUCCCAAGAAGUGUUAUUAUUUAUGUCAACACCUUCGCUAUGACUACGCUGGUGUGGAAAAUGGGGACCAAUGCUUUUGUGGAAACCAGAAACCAAAUGAAAACAAGAAGAAAAAAGACAGCGAGUGCCAGUCUUCAUGUCCUCACAGUAAAGAGAAAUGUGGUGGUUCAUGGCGGCUUUAUGUUUAUUCAACUGACUCAUAUCCACCACAUUAUGAGACAGAUUCUGGAGCUUUAUACGGACAUCCUUGAUUUAUCGAAAUUCUCCAAUAAUAUAAAGACCAAGGUUGGAAAAGUGGCAGUUAAUAAAUAUAAUAAUUUAUUAAAUCUAAUACAUUUAUUUUGUUAUCCCAAUGUUAUCAUAAUUACAUAUACUAUUUUUAAUGUAACACUAAAAUCCUUCUCUCAAAUUAAAAUUAAUGAAACACAUUUUAUUAUUUGGUUGAAAACUGC